CACCUGAGCGAACAUGGAACGGAUGACGUCCGUGUUGUACUUGUCAUACCAGUAAUUUUAGGGCUUCACAAAGAACACACUCACAGUGGAGAACGGAAGAUGUUCGUGAUUGUGCUAGCAUCUUACAUUCGUGCUACUUUUUCGAGCGCGGGCUCCAUUGCAAAGAUCUUG